UGAAAAUCCUCAAGCCGCCAUGUGACCAACUUUUGAUUUCACAGCUUAGAGGUAUUUUCCAACGCUCAGCCAUCGGCCACACUGCCCACCAGCGAGCGCAACAAGAACAACAACAACACGGAAGUCUGUAAAUGUAAAUAGACGGAACUUGCUGCAGAGACAGCUAAAAAUACAACGAAUCGGAGUUGCGAAGCCCCAGAAGCGAGCAGCCGAAGGAAAGCCAGCCGCUGGUCAGUUAAAUGCGCAUCAAAAUGAACUGUGAAGUGCAGGAGCAGCAAAAACAUGAGCCACAGCAGCAGCAACAACAACAGCAGCAGCAGCAACAGCAACAACAUCACAGCAGCAGCAGCAACAAGUUGCCAGUGAGAAAGCAGGAGAGCUGCUCCGACGACGAUGAUAAUCCCAGCCGGACGACAACGACGGAGCGCCAGAAUCUGGAGUUUGCCAAGAAGCUGGGCUACAGCGAACAGUCCAUCCACUCGGCGUUGACGCGUCUCGGUUCGGAGGCCAAGCAGAAUGAGCUGCUGGCGGAGCUGAUCAAGCUGACGGCGGAUGCACCACGACCCGCCCACAAUCCAUCAUCAACCGCCACCAUCUCCUCCUCCUCCUCCUCCCCUUUUGGUCUGCGCCACAUCGUCAUCGAUGGCAGCAAUGUUGCCUUGUCGCAUGGCAACAACCUGAUCUUCUCCUGCCGCGGCAUCCGCAUCUGCGUCGAUUGGUUCCGGCAGCGUGGCCACCGCGACAUCACCGCCUUCGUGCCCAACUGGCGCAAGGAGAUGGCCAACAACAACAUCGCCGACCAGGAGCUGCUCUACGAGUUGGAGCAUGAGAGAUAUCUGGUCUUCACGCCAUCGCGUCAUUUGGAUGGCAAGCGGGUUUCCUGCUACGAUGAUCGUUUCAUACUCAAACUGGCCGUGGAAACGGAUGGCAUUGUCGUGUCCAACGAUAACUACAGGGAUCUGAUCCUGGAGAGCAACGAGUUCCGGCGCGUCGUGCAGGAGCGCCUGUUGAUGUACUCGUUUGUGAAUGAUAUCUUCAUGCCGCCCGACGAUCCGCUGGGCAGAUCGGGUCCAAAUCUGGACUUGUUCCUUUGCUCGCAGACGCAGCAGAAGAUGGCCGAUGCCCAGCAGUUGUGUCCGUAUGGUAAAAAGUGCACCUAUGGGCAGAAGUGCAAGUUUCGUCAUCAUCCCGGUGCGCUGCUCCAGCGUCUGCCGCUCCAGGCUUCGCAUAGUGCCCCCUUGCACACGAAUGGUGGUCAGCAGAUGAUCAGUCCGGGUGGCAAUAACAACAAUGUCAAGAUCAACUCACUGAUUAGCAGGGAGCCACUGGGUCGCACCAAGUCCAAUACCAUUGAGCAGGUGUGCCAGGGCUUCUCGGAGGCUUCCUUGGAGUCCAGCCAGCCCAAUCGCCACAAGAAGCUGCAACGCCAACAGCCGCCGCCCGCCUAUCGCCUGCUGGUGCCCACCUACAGUGCUCCCCUUCAGCAGCAGCAGCAACAGCCUCUCCAGCAACCGCAGUCCAACUCCAACUAUCACCACCAGUAUCUGACGCGCACGCCAUCCGCCCCGGUCACGGAUCAGGGAUUGGGUCUGCCACUGCCCGCUCACAACUUUGCCCAUCUGUCCGCCUCCGAUUCGCGCAUCAACGAGGAUGCGCACGCCUCGCAGCAGCUGCCGCGGGAGGAGCAGCGGCGAUUGCUGCGCUAUCAUUUGGGUAGCCUCUUUCCGCCGCACCAGGUGCACGCCGUGCUGCAGCUCUAUCCGGAGGAGACCGACGCCAAGACCAUCUGCGCAGCUAUACUUAAUUUAUUUCCGCAUAAUUAGGCUAGGCUUAAAGUU